CUGCAGGGGCCCCGCUUAAACCAGCACUCAACACCAGCUCUAACUUCCAGCAGCUUCAGCCCUGUCCCAGAUAACGUUAGUCCCCUUGAACACCCAUCUAUCCUCAUACGACGAUCUGCCGACACGACUUUAUCAGACCAUUCCCCACGAAAAUAAACACCACCGAUCUUGCAACCGUCGAAGCUGCUCGAUUUGCGAAUCCUUAACAACCCCACCAAGAGACGACCUUCCUCCUAUUUCUCCUCGUCGCGCGCGCGGCGCCAAUGCGCUGCUCCCAUCCCUCGACGUCACAAUGUCCUUCGAGCAGCCCCUCCCGCCCUUCAACGCCACAGAUCCCAAUGCCUCCUUCCUUAAUAGCGCAUGUCUGGACUUUCUGCUGAUCGAGCUGGUACCCAUGGCAUAUCGGGUAACUAACGAGCUCGACGCACCGCAGCAGAAAUUUGCCGCCGCGGUAUCCGGCGCCGGGGCCAACAAUGCAAGCACAGAGAGUAUUGGAGGUUCCAUGUCGCAAGCCACGGCAGCAGGGACGGCGACGGCGGGGUCGGGCAGGAAACUAGACGAGGAAGAGGAGCGCGACGCGGCGUUCUAUCGGCUCGAGAUGUUGGGGUAUCGGGUGGGAUUGGGAUUGGUUGAGCGAUUCUCCCGCGACCGGCCACGCUUCAAUGACACCCUCGACGUCAUCAAAUUUUUGUGCAAAGACCUCUGGACCCUAGUUUUCAAGAAGCAGGUCGACAACCUCAAGACGAACCAUCGCGGUGUGUACGUACUGACAGACAAUGCGUUCCGGCCGCUGUCGCGCAUGAGUACGGAUGCGGGUGGACAGGCGGUGGUGAAGGCACAACCAUUCCUAUGGUUUCCCUGCGGCAUAGUGAGAGGGGCACUGGCUGCAUUGGGUAUUACUGCGACUGUGCAAGCCGAGUCGAGCGAGCUGCCGGGCGCAGUAUUUCAGAUAAAGACAAUGCCAGCAAAAUCAUGAUCAUAGUAGCCAGCGGUGGCUAACGGCGGUAAUCAUUUAAUAGGCAAGUAGAAAAGAUUUGGGUUCGUACUGCAACGGCAAAAAAGGGGAUACUGAGCAUUUAGAGAAAGGAGUAUUAGGCGUUUGCGGCGUUGGUAAACUUUACAAGA